GUGCGCGUGUGGCGGUGUGGGCUUGCCAGGCCGCCAGGCGGCGAGAAACGAUCGGCUCGAAAUCGGACUUACGUGUGGAGUGUCGACUUACUUGGACAUCGGACUGACUUGGAGGAGCGGCGUGAGACAUGGCCGACACAGCCCCGCGCCCGGCCGAGCCCCAGCUGCGCCGCGAGGCCGACGGCUCCGUCACCGAGAUCCUGGACAUGAUCCUGAACCGGCUGCCGGCGACCAGCCUGUGCGCCGGGGCCAAGCCCACGCUCGACAACGAGUUCGUGUACUACAGCUCGGCGCUGCGCACCCUGCUGCCCACCUUCGCCGGCUCGCCCGCCGCCCGCGCGGUCAUGCGCUGGGUGCACAAGCUGUACGGCCCCGCCUUCCACUGCGACAUGUUCAAGGAGAAGCGCAACAGGUACGUGCUGGCACUCGUGCUGACCCUGCUGGACGACGACGAGGCGCGCGGCAUGUUCGCCAAGCCACCGCCGGCGGGCGCGCUGGUCGAGGUGGGCGACUGGAGCCCGCCCGACACCCCGCCGCCGUCCUGGGAGCUGGACACCUCGUGGCAGGACGCCGGCGAGGACGGGCACGGGCACGUCUUCAACUACCGCUGCAGCGUGCACAAGAACGGAGUGCAGUGCCCGCCGGGGACACCGGACAGGCACGCGCUCGCCGACUGCGAGUUCCGCUUCCUGCUGCACCUGGCGCAGCCCUACGCUGCGCUGCUGCCCUCCGGCGACGACAAGAAGCUGCUGGCCGCGUGGCUGCAGGCGCUGUGCUCGGUGCGCCGCGACGCCUGCUUCCACAUGAAGGCCGUGCGCAACGACUACAUCAAGGCUCUGCUCGGAUACGUGAGCGAGCUGCGGGUAGCGGGCCCAUUCGUCGACUACCCGUCCACCACGCGCCUGCUCCCGCUGUACUCGGCCGCAAAACGGGCGGCGCGCGGCAAGCCGCUCACCGACCCCACGUCGCGCGAGGCCGCCGACUUCAUGCGCGACCAGCCGGCCAUCGAGACGGGCGCCUUCUGCUUCGUCGCCGUCACCGGCUGCUGCCCGGAGCGCAAGGCGGGCGCGCGCCCGCCCCGCCGCCGCCCGGGGGAGGCCGAGGACCAGGCGUCGCAGGCGUGCCGGCGCCUCGAGACGCACGCCUGCGUCGGCGGGAUCGCGUCCCGCCACGGGCUGCAGGUGCCGCCCGAGCCGGAGAGUCGCCGCGAGCGUGCUCCCAAGGGCGCUUCGUCCAGGAUCUCCUUCACCCUGCCGGGGCAGUCGUGCUGA